CUGCCCUCCGCCAAGCUGCAGCCCCCGCUAAAGCAUUGGAUCCCUCAACGUACUGCGAGAGCCCGGUGUACAGCCCGGACCUGUGCCCCAACAUGAUCGCCGCCCAGGCCAAGCUGGUGUACCAGCUCAACAAGUACUACACGGAGCGCUGCCAGGCGCGCAAGGCGGCCAUCGCCAAGACCAUCCGCGAGGUGUGCAAGGUGGUGUCGGACGUGCUGAAGGAGGUGGAGGUGCAGGAGCCGCGCUUCAUCAGCUCGCUGAGCGAGAUCGACGCCCGCUACGAGGGGCUGGAGGUGAUCUCGCCCACCGAGUUCGAGGUGGUGCUCUACCUCAACCAGAUGGGCGUCUUCAACUUCGUGGACGACGGCUCCCUGCCGGGCUGCGCCGUGCUCAAGCUGAGCGACGGCCGCAAGCGCAGCAUGUCGCUCUGGGUGGAGUUCAUCACGGCCUCGGGCUACCUGUCGGCGCGCAAGAUCCGCUCCCGCUUCCAGACGCUGGUGGCCCAGGCCGUGGACAAGUGCAGCUACCGCGACGUGGUGAAGAUGAUCGCGGACACGAGCGAGGUGAAGCUGCGCAUCCGCGAGCGCUACGUGGUGCAGAUCACGCCCGCCUUCAAGUGCACGGGCAUCUGGCCGCGCAGCGCGGCGCAGUGGCCCAUGCCGCACAUCCCCUGGCCCGGCCCCAACCGCGUGGCCGAGGUGAAGGCGGAGGGCUUCAACCUGCUCUCCAAGGAGUGCUACUCGCUGACGGGCAAACAGAGCUCGGCCGAGAGCGACGCCUGGGUGCUGCAGUUCGGCGAGGCCGAGAACCGUCUGCUGAUGGGCGGCUGCCGCAACAAGUGCCUCUCGGUGCUCAAGACGCUGCGGGACCGGCACCUGGAGCUGCCCGGGCAGCCGCUCAACAACUACCACAUGAAGACGCUGCUGCUGUACGAGUGCGAGAAGCACCCGCGGGAGACCGACUGGGACGAGGCGUGCCUGGGCGACCGCCUCAACGGCAUCCUGCUGCAGCUCAUCUCCUGCCUGCAGUGCCGCCGCUGCCCGCACUACUUCCUGCCCAACCUCGACCUCUUUCAGGGCAAGCCCCACUCGGCCCUGGAGAGCGCCGCCAAACAGACCUGGAGGCUGGCCCGGGAGAUCCUCACCAAUCCCAAAAGCCUCGACAAACUAUAGGGCCGGCGCCCGGGCGCACGCCGCUCUACCCCCGGUACCGCGGCGGCCGCAGACUGCUACGGAUCGGCGCCGCCCGCGGGGACGGCCCCCCCGCGCCUCUCCUCCUCCGCGAAGGGAAGCGCUCGGACUUUUGCCACGGCCAAACGAAAGCCCAAAGGUACAUUUUCCGAUCCCUGUAUAGUCCUUUUCUUACUCUCUCUCUCUCUCGUCUGCCUGAAUGUUGUCACCAAGUGAAAAAUUAUUUAACUAUAUGUACAAAUUGCCCUUU